AUGACUUUCAUUGGUAAAGCCAUUCAUUUUUCUGUUGAUUUGACCCUAGUCUCGUUAUGCUUAGCUGGAGUCAAGAGAAAUACCGGAUUAACCCCCAAGCUUGAUUCUAUCGAAGACACUCAUAUCAGAGGUUAUGUGCAUAAAUACUUGAACAUAGGGGAGUCGUGCUACGAUUACACUGUUGCAUCGCUCGGUUCGUCAAGGUAUUUUGCUAGAAAGUAG